GGUGCGCGGCGCGGCGCAGCGCAUGGUCCUUGAUGUGUAUGACUUGUUUAAUGUUUCGUGGUUACGAGUUUUGUUUGAUUUCCGAUUUCGUACGGAAAGACAGGAAUACGCUUCAAGUGUCAUCAAGGCGAGAUUCGUAACUCACAGUAGAUUGUCGUGGUUUGCUAUCGAAUCAAGUGGUGAACGAAACGAAAAUUGUUCCCGAUCGUUAAUCAGCAGUGAAGGGGGAGAGGGGCUGACUGGAGCUCGGCGAUUAUCGCGUAACGUAACACGUUAAAUUGCAGUCGCACAUUGUCGAGGUGGUCAGAGGUGAUCAGAAACAGUCAAGAAGUGUAUUCGACGAUACGAUACGAAGAAAAUACGUGUGUGCUUAUCUCUCUUAUUCGCGCACAGUAUUAUGAUCCACUGAUAAUACACUAUAAACGAACGGAAGUGUACAUUCAUAGCGCGUUGUCGUAUACGUCGUCGUUCGUUUAAUUUAACCUAAUCAAUGAAAUCGUCUUUUUAUGGAGGAAUAUUUCUUUCGUCUUGAGAUAUAGAUAUAUUCUCACCCUAUGCUCUAUGAUCUUUAUCUACACUCACCUGCACUCGGUCUCGCGAGGAGAUUUUUCAUGUUGCGACAAUGUCUGUACACUACAAAUUUAAAUCUACUUUGGACUAUGACACGGUAUCGUUUGAUGGUCUGCAUAUUUCAGUGGCAGACUUGAAAAAAGCUAUAUUUCAUCAAAAACGUAUUGGCAAAAAUACAGAUUUUGAUUUGCAAAUUACAAAUGCACAAACAAAGGAAGAUUAUAUGGACGACAAUGCGUUAAUUGCAAAAAAUACCAGUCUUAUUGUCGCCAGAGUUCCUUUGACGGUACAACAAAAACGUUCUUGGGAUCGAAAUGAAGCUCCUCCAUUUAGUAAUGUAAAGGAUGAAGCUAAUUUAGGCAGAGCUGUAGAUCUCACAAGAUUAGAUGGCUCAGAGGAAGAUAAGAUCCGAGCUAUGAUGACACAAUCUACUCAAGACUAUGAUCCAUCAAAUUACAUGAAAAUUCGUGGAGCCAAUCAGACUGGUGAUGUACCUGCAAAUUAUCGUUGUUACAAAUGCCAUCAGCCAGGACAUUGGAUAAAAAACUGCCCACUGGGGACAAAUCAAGAACCAAUUGAAAUAAAAAAGAGCACAGGUAUUCCUAGAAGUUUUAUGGUACCAGUCGAGGGACCUUUGGUACCUGGUGCUAUGAUGACACCUACAGGACAUUAUGCUGUUCCCGCUAUUGAUCAUCAGGCUUAUAAGGAAGGUAAAAAAGAACGACCACCAUUUUCGCAAGAUCCAGAACCUAUAGCUGAAAAGCCAGAGAUACCAGAAGAUUUGUUAUGUAACAUCUGCAAAGAUCUUUUAACGGAUGCAGUGAUGAUACCAUGUUGCGGAAAUUCCUUUUGUGACGAAUGCAUUCGCACGUUUUUGUUAGAAUCCGAAGAACACGAAUGUCCAGAUUGUAAUGAAAGAGAUGUAUCGCCAGAAACUCUUAUACCUAAUCGAUUUCUACGUAAUGCAGUAAUGAAUUUUAAGAAUGAAACUGGUUACGCCAAAAGACAAACGUAUCGGCUUCCUGCUCAAAGUAUUGGACAAAUCACUAUAUUAACUGAUCAGUCAAAAACUGAAACGCAACAAGCAACGAGUCAUCCAAUUUCUCAGACUAAAACCAUACAGUCAUCCGUUACUCAAAACGCACCAUCGCAAGAACCUAUGGAAUUGCAAUCCACUGAUCUCGAAUCUGCUUUGCAACACUUCUCAACCAAUAUCUCUGGUUCACAGCCACCGUCAUCAGCCAUUCUGCCUGAAUCUACUUCAGAGUCACAAUUACAAAGUGACUCGGUAACAAAAUUAACAACUGACGAGGAAACUGAGGUGCCUCCUCCUCCAGGAACAGAACCUCUACUUCCAAUUCCUGCCCUCGUGAGCUCACCAGAGAGAGAACGCGAACGAAGUGAUCCGUCUAUUCGUGAUAAGAAAGAGCGAGACAAUGAAUAUUCAGGAGAGCGUCAAUCACGAGAACGUCGACCAAGUUUUAGCAGAGAUGGACAUCGUGACAGAAGUGGAGAACGUGGUCGUAGAAUUGAGAAUUUACGGCCAUUGAAUCGCAAUCGAAAUCGAUCCCUGUCUCCCAGACACUCUCAGCACGGUGAAUAUCCAUCCUCAAGCACAGUUUUACCUCAUUUAAUGAACCUGCCUCCUUCCAAGGGUUAUCAAGGACAUUUAGCGGAUGAUGGGCAUUAUCCUACUAUGCAUUAUGACAGUGGAAUACGUAGGUCUAAUGAAGAUCGUGCAGGCACUCCAACAGUUGACGAACCCCACUUGCACGUACCCUCAUCUGGCAAUCAACCACCAUUACUGCCUUUUCCACCAGGCGAAGAACGUAUUCCACAACCAAAUUACAAUCAGCCACCACCAAACGUACCUCCGCAUAAUCCUCCGCUUUUGCCGGAUCCGUACAUGAGUCAUCGAAUACCGUUAUAUUCGCAUCAACAGGGAUCGCAUUAUGGACCACCGAGAUAUGAUAGACCUCCUUACCAACAGCAAGGAUAUCGACCAUCUCAGCCACCCCGAAACUAUAGCGGACCACCGAGAUUAAUGAGAGGGUUGCAUCACAUUGGAUAUAGAAACCUGCAACCACCACCACCUGGACUAGGUAGAAAUAUACAUAAUGGUAAUCCAUCUGGAAUCAUUGACGAUCCGUUGGAAGCAUUCGAACGAAUGCUUAGAGAGAAGGAUGAGAGAGAUCGACGUUUAGGGAAGCAUAGAAGAAGAAGCAGAACGCGAUCUCGAUCACGUAGCUACAGUCGAUCGAGAUCGCGCUCCUUUGGCCGUAGAUCACCUUUUGCAUCUCGCAUCAGUAGAUCUCGCAGUCCGCCAAAACGGAGAUCAACGAGAUCCCCGUUAUCUCUCCGACCUCGUAGUCGUACUCCAAAGCGUAGAUCAAGAAGCGGUAGCUUCUCUAUCAGCAGAUCUAGAUCGUAUUCCCGUAGUCAGUCGCCAAGGCUAUCUCUGUCGAGAGACAGAGAUCGAGAGAGAGACAGGGAAAGAGAUCGCGAUCGCGAUCGUGAUCGCGACAGGGAUCGCGAGCGAGAUCGAGAUCGAGACUUACUGAGAUAUCGAUCGCCAGUCAGAUCACCUCCGAGAUUUCAAAGGGAAAGGGAUCGCGAGAGAGACAGACCACGAUCACGCGAGCCUCGAGAUGGAUAUAAUACUUACUAUGGUGAUUCACCGGCUCAUGAUUAUCCAUUCCGUGAUCGUGAGCGCAAUUUACCGCCUAGAGAGAGACCGCUGCCGAGAUAUCCCAUAGGAAGAAAUCAGCCGUCCCAACACAAUAUACCGCCGUUGAUGCCGCAUCUAGUCACUGGAAGCCACCCACCACCACCACCACCACCACCACCACCACCACCACCACCACCACCACCACUUAUGUCAUUGGGACCUUCACCUACGGACAGGAAAGACUAUUAUGAUUCCUACAACAGAUAUUCCGGAGCUCCACCGCCGCAGCGUUUUAGCAGUCCUCUGAGAGACUCUUCAUCACACAAGCGAUUCGACGAUGUAGCACCGCCUGGUACUGAGGGCUACUACGAUCUCUCGCCACCGGGUGUGGAACAUUCCGAAAGAUCAUCGAGGGACGAUCGUGAGAGGCAGCGCUCCUUGAGAGAUCAAGAAGAUCGGGAGCAUUUAUCUAAGGAUCAUGAUAAUGACGAACGUGAUAGAUUGAGAGAUGAUAGGGGUCGCGAACGUGAGGAUCGUAUGCGCGAGAGGGACGAUAGAGACCGCAGAAUCGUAAACAGAGAGGAUCGCGAUAGGCCGCCUAGAGAACAUGAGGAUAGAAUACGAGAAAAAGAUGAUCGCGAUAGAAGAGAAAAGGAGAAGGAACGAGACGAUAGACAUAUUCGUGAUCGUCGAGAUGAUGAUAGACAUGUCGAGAAGAAAGAUUACGACAAAGAUCGUUAUAAAGAUGAUCGAGAUCGCCAUAGGCAAGACGACAAGAAUCGGCUGCGAGAGAAAGAAAGACGCGAACGCGAAUAUGAGUCUGAAAAGGAUAGAGAUCGUCAUGAACGAUACGAGAGACGCUCGAUGGAGCGGAAAAAGAAUAGGAAGAGUUCAAGCCCAUACUCACAGAAAUCCAGGGGCGAUCCUAAAGAUUUGUCGCCAGAACGAAGUACAAAGAAGAAGGAAAAGGACCACGAAGAAAAGGUGGAAGAGAAGAAGAAGGAGAAGAAGAUAAAAGAGAAGAAGAAGAAGAAGGACAGUGAUGAGAAGGAGAAGAAGAAGAAGAAGAAGAAGGACAAGAAAUCCAAUCAGAAAGAAGCAUCAGCCAAAGAUGAUUUAACGAUCAAGACGAUGGAGACGGACGGUCUGCUGGUCGAGAGUAAAACGAAUAACGACACUUUAUCUUCGUCGCUCAAGAUCACGGACUCUGUAAAGACGUGUAAUGAGGAGAAUAACAUUCAGAAUAGAAUAGAAUGUAUUUCCAACAAAGUGUCUAUCACGCCGAUCAAAGAAGAAUUCGAGGAUAAGUCUUUAGCAAUGAAUCCAGAACCACCGGAAUUCAAUGAAUCCAGUCUUGGCAGUGGUCGACUAGAUCGUGCGGAAUUUGCCACGAAUCCACCGAAUCCAAACUUCAAACCGAUCCCGGAACUCAAGUCUGACAUGAAGCCGAUCGAUAGUCUCUAUGGAGGAUUGGAUGACACGGAAAUCAAUACUGUUAUCACGGAGAAAUAUUCUCUGCUCUCGGAACACCCGCAAAUCGAAACGAAGGAAACAGCCAUCACUACUACCACCACUACCACCGCCACUACCACCGCCACCACCGCUGUCCUAGCAACAGAGAAAUCGCCGAAAAAGGAUGAAUUUCUGGCGCCGAUACCCGAGUUAUCAAAGUGGGAAAGGGAUGAGACAACCGAAAAGCCCGACGAUGAUGACGAUGACGACGUAAGCGAUUCGCCGACGGAGAAGGUCCAGAGAGAGGACGAGCCGAAAUCGAUCAAGAUGGUUACGUCGGAGGUACUGAAGCGGGCGGAGAACGCCAUAUUCCAAAAAGCCAUUAACGCGAUCCGGCCGAUCGAGAUCAAGAAGAUCAGCGAGAGUAGAAAGAUACUUUAUCAAAAUCCUGAACCCAAGGUGCUGGAAACAGUGGAGUCCACUGUCAAUCGAGAAUCGCGAAAAAGCGUUAAUGUGACGAUCAACGUUGGCAGAAACGAGAGAAAUGUCGAAAUCACCGAACCGGCAAAGAAAGCUAAGCUCGAUCGUACCAAAUUCAAACCUGUGCCAGAGACAGCUUAUUCACCGACUAGACUGUCAGCGAAAGAGAGACUCGGCGAGAAAAUUGAGGACAGCAAGGAGAAAAAGAUUAGUCCGAUAAAGGGAUUCCUGGAGAGGCGUGACGCCAAGAACGAGAAUCAGUCGAGAAGUCGAUCGCCCAGGAGAGAAAAGAGAAUUGCCUCUCCACUUUUAGAGCGACGCGUCGAGUCUUCUUCGUUAACUGCGACAAGCAGCGAACGGAAAGUUUUUUUGGAAGAGAGAAAACGAGACAAAGAUAGAGGCGAUCGGUUGAAGGAUAGAUCGGAUUUUCGAAGCGGCAGCGAAUUGAAAGCAGAGAGGGAGCCUAGAUUCGAUUGUAGGACGGAUUUCCGCUCCAAUAGAAAUGACACGAAAGGAGAACGCGUGGACAAAGAUCGUGUGGACAAGGAACGAGACCGCGAACACAGAGGCAGAACACCUCCCUCGGCUUGCGUAUUUAAAAGAACGGAAAUAUCCAAAGUCAGUUUGUUGAAGUCGAAAGAUGAUGAGGAAGAGAAAAGGCGGGAAAAAAAACCGCGGGAGGAAAAGAAGAGAAAAAAGGAGCACCGCAGUAGGAGUAAAUCUAAAGAACAUAAGAAACGUAAAGACAAGAAGCACAAAAAGGAUAAAGAGAAAAAUCAGGAGAAGAAGCAAAAACACAAGGAGAGCGCGAUCUCCAAGGACAAAUCAGAUGGUAACGAGAUUAAAAUUAGUUACGCCGAGAACGUUGAGCCACCCAUUCUGACAGACUCGUUGAAAAAACAAAGGAAGAAUCCAAGACUGGUAUCUGAUCGCAAGCGCAGUAUACUUGAUGAGGCGAGUUUCGAGCCCGAUUAUUCAGCUUCAGACUCGGAAUCUGAUGGCGAGGAAGGUAAACCGUCACCUGCGAAGAAAGUUAAAUUGGACGAAACAGAAUUGGACAAAGAGAUGGAGAUUAAAUCUAUGAAAAAACGAUCCAAGUCCAGUAGCAGCGAGGAUACGUCCAGCAGUUCCGACACAACUACCUCUGACUCCGACAGCAGCGAUGAGUCGCAUAAGAAAAAAAGAAAAAAGCACAAAAAGCAUAAAAAGAAAAAAUCUGCUAAGAAAGACAGUAGUUCGGAUUCAGACACUUAUUCUGAUUCGUCCGACAGUAGCAGUGACGAAGAGAAACAUAAGAAGAAAUCGAAAAAAUCAAAGAGCAGAAGCAAGCAGUCAAAGAAGAAGAAAAAAUCCAAGCAUAAAUGACAUCACUAGAUAUCUUUGAUGGUUGAUCAAAGAACUUUAUCUUAGAAAAAGGCCAGCACUACAUAUAUUUUUUUGAUAGAGUACUUUCAAACGGAAAUCACAAUAUCACGGAAAUUAUAAUAAUAAUGAUGAUGAUGAUGAUGAUGAUGAUGAUGAUGAUGAUGAUGAUGAUUAUGAUUAUUAUUAUUAUUAUUAUUAUUAUUAUUAUUAUUAUUAUUAUUAUUAUUAUUAUUAUUAUUAUUUUGUACUCGUUGCUAUACAGCUUAGCGCGUGGUAAGAUUUUUUUUAACAAAUGUCUUUUAGUAGUAGAGUACUUAUUGCGAAGCAUUCAGCAAGCGAAAUAAACCAAUAGUUGUGUAAUAAAAAAAAGUUGAGAAACGACAUGCGAUAAUUAAACUGUUCUAACAUGAAAAGAGAAAAAGAAUGACAUGCUAUGGCCUUUACAUAAUUAACACGUGACUUGACACAUUAAAAUACUAUAUAUAAGUUUAUUAUUAUAAUAAGCCAUGUACAUUGUAGCUGAUGCAAUUUUGUGGCAAUUUUGUCAAAAAAAAAAAAAAAAAAAAAAAAAA